AUGGUAUGCUCUCCGUUUUCUCAAAAUCAAGUUGCAUCCGAUUCGACGCAAUCGAAAGACUUACUUGUGUUCAUGGACUUCUUUGACGAGAUAAGUGAAGAAAAGAAGUACGAGUGCUUGCAAAAUGAAUUGAGAAUUCCCGAAACAAAAGUCAAUACGAUUGGUUUGAGAUGUAUCCGAGAUUUAUCAAAAUCUAAUUGCUAUGCAAACAUCGAUGCACUUUUGAUUAGCAUCAAUCAAUUGGCCCAAAGCUACAUGAUUCAUUUUAAAGAAAAUCCGAAAAUAUAUAAAAUUGCCAAUUCUUUCAAGAAAAUUUGUUUCGAGCAAGCUGCUAUUAUCAAAAAGUGUCCCGAUUGCUACGAAGCAUGGAAGGAAGACAAAACAAAAACACAAAGAGCUUUCUUCAAACUAGUAUGUUCCAAACCACAUUUGGUGGUACUAUAUAAAGUGGAUGAAUUUCCGAUUUGGCCGGCCAAACUGUUUUAUAUCAAAGACGGCAUAGCUAAUGUUGAAUGUUUUGGUGAUCAAACGGAAGACGACAUACCGCUCAGUCAAUGUUUUCUGUAUUCAGAUAAAAUUCCUCGUGAAAGUUCAGACGACAAAAACAAGCAAGAAAGACUCAACCGCGCAUACAGAGACGUCGAAAAACAUAUCAAACUAAUCGAAGAAAAAUUCGGUGCUGGUUCGUUUGUUUCUGCUCCAUAUAAAAUACAAGUCAGUAAUUUGGAGCAGCAUUUGAAGGACAUGUUCCCAAGUGUUUAUACAGAGAGCGUAGGUGCAACCGAUGUUCUGCAGACAAAAGCAACAUCCUCUGAAGCGCAAAGCGAAGCUGAAGAACCAUUUUUUGGAGAACAAUCCACGAGCAACUGUUUAACUACUUUCAACCGUAAUUUGUCGACAUUACCCGAGAGCAAUAUGGACAUUUCAAUAGAAAAUGAUGAUUCCUAUGAUUCUUCCGAUGACGCCGAAGAAUGGGGUAAUCAAAAUCAUGCAAUUAAAUUAGAGAGUACAUUCGAUAUUGAAGAUGCAGAUGGAAAUCAAUCUGGUCAACUUGAUGCACAAGACAACGUCUUGCAAGCUUACAACGGUGAUAAUAGCAACACAAGCAUGAAUGAAAAUCGGCCAACAAUCGCGGUAAAAACCAAAGAUAUAUCGGAAAAUGGUCGAAACCAAAAUAUUCGAAAACGUCGAAACGAUUUGAUGGAAAACCAGGCAGAUCAAUUGCAAAACAACAAAAAAUGUAACGCCUCUAAAUCAAGAAAUUCAUCAAGGGGUGGUGAAGAAGAAAUCAUAACAUUAGACAAAGAUCGAGUAGCUACCGAAGAUACAAAUGCAACACCAGAAAAUACUCUCGUUCUGGUACUCAAAGAAUACGACGAUGUCAACAAACAAAUCUACGACCUUAAAGCCGAAUUGGAAAAACUAAAGACACGAAAAGAUGAGCUUGGUAAAAUACUUCUUCGAAAAUGAACGAAGAAUUGAUAUAGUUCAGAUAGUUUUCAAUA